AACAUGUAAAAAAAGGCAUAAACAUUAAACCAUUAAACAAUUAUCUUAAAUCUUACAUUUUUGUACUUGGUUCUCAAGUAAAUAAUUUAGUACAAAAUAACAAAAGUUCUUAUGCUGGGCUCAGGGGCUAUGCUCGGCUCUGCCUUAUGUAAACGGUAAACCUGCAAAAAUUAAAACUAAAGCAAACUAAUUAGUAAUUAUUUAUUAAUAAUCAAACAAUUGAAUUAAAUUAAUUACUUGCUUUGCUUCAUCAAUUAUUCAAUGACAAUUGAGUAUUGACAAUUAUAGUAUUAUACAACACAAUUCUUUCAUCACUUCACUGUUGACCAUCAAUCAACCGCUCCGCUAUCAUGCUAAUUAAGUAAUUAUUAAAAUUAUUCAAGUAACAAACAUUGUUGAAUCUAGAGAGCAAAGGUGAGUUACACACCAUAAGCUAAGCUUCACCAAGAAACAAUUAGGUCUCUGCCAUUAAAAUGAGUAAUGAAAAAAAAAAAAAAAUUUGGUUUGCUGGACGGCUGGACCUGGUCGAGACAAGACAACUCACUCACCAGCUGUUUUACUUUUACUGUUUUACAAUCCUCAUUCCUCAGUUCCUCACGUCAUUAAUAUUCAUUAAGCAAAUGCAAAAGUGGAAAACAAAUACAGAUUACAGAGUGAACUGUGAAGGGACGGUGAGCAGCCCACAUGUCUAAUUUACAUGGCCAGUACAGACACCGGAGAAGGGACGUUAACCGGGAGAAGAUUACCUCUAAAGUUGACGGAGAGCCGGAGAAGGGACGGCGACGGUCUGACGGAGUUCAACGGACAGCGGAGCGGCGAUGGGAGAAACUCGCCGGCUGCUUCGACGGGGUUCGAGUUCGACGGCUAGCUUCGACCAACGACGAUGAACAGGGUUCGACGGCUGGCUUCGACGGGGUUCGAGUUCGACGGCAGGCUUCGACCAACGACGAUGAACAGGGUUCGACGGGGUUCGAGUUCGACGGCUGGCUUCGACCAACGACGAUGAACGGAGGAGGAGGGAUCGGCGGUCGUUGACUCGAGGUUUGAUUGGGAUUUGGCUGGCUGGCUUAGAUCGUUAGGGAAUUAACAAUUAGGGCUUUUUAGUUUUUAGGGUGGGUGAUUUACGGUGAAAAUCAAUUAUGAGUUUAUGA